AUGGGCAACAAUAGUGCUUCCAUCAACAUUGUUCUCGACCGUGUACAACCGACGGUUUAUUACACAGCCGAAGUCAUAUCGGGUGAGGUGCAAUUUACUGUUUCGGAAAGUAUACCGACUACCGAUAAUAUUCAUCUGGUCCUGAAAGGAACUGUUGGCUAUACGACCAUCCAUAGGCAUCGAAUGCAAAACGGACAAGCAAAUCAAGUAACCGAUCGUCAUGAUAUAUGUAUUGUUAGACAAAAAGUACGAUUCGGUCAAAUGAUACCUGCCGCACAUCAACGCAUGAAGAGUGGUUUUAGUGAUAUGACAAGUUUUGAACCUGGUCAGUAUACGUAUCCCUUUUCAAUUCGUUUACCGGAUCUUCUCCCUCCAACGUUACAUCCGAACGAAUAUCCAUUUGUUCGUUAUCAACUAGAGCUUCUAGUCGAAAAGAAAUGGUAUGUGGCAAACACUUAUCUUGAAUAUCCAUUACGUAUUUACCCUCGUGUAAAUCUUCGUCACAUACCCAAUUCUCAAUGUUCAGUUAAAUUUGAUAUCGAACACAACGGCGUGAUCGUCAAAGGUGUUCUUCAACGUUCGGGCUUAAUGCCAGGCGAAACGACAACCUUUUCACUUGACAUUUUCAAUCCGCUUCAUUUAAUGAUUAAGCGUAUGGAUAUCUGCCUGAUUCAGCGUUAUGAAAUCGCACAAUUUCGACGUCGUCUGGAAAUCACACGUGUUUCGAUACCUCGACUAACUAAUUUCGAUGAUCAACACGUCGAAACAGCGUGUCCGUUCACUGUUCCCAUGGGCAUUUCGCCAACCUAUUAUUUCGAACGGCAAGAUAAUCGUUACGACAUACGUGUUCAGGUCAAAUAUGACAUCAGAUUCGAAGUGAAAGUUAAAGGACUCUUCACUAACUUCGAUUUACAAAUUCCAGUAAUCAUCGGUACACAUUCCGAACUGCAUACAGAUGGCAGUCAUCAAUCAGCAAUACCAACCCCGAUAGAUUUGAAUGCAAUCGAUCAACUUGAAUUUCAAACAACUGAUGAUAAUGAACAAACAUGUUAG